AUGGCCCCCUCCAAAGCAGAUGGCCAGGAUGGAGUGCACAGCGGCAAAAUCUACUCGGUGUCUGGCCCCGUCGUUGUCGCCGAGGACAUGAUUGGUGUUGCUAUGUAUGAGUUGGUCAAAGUUGGUCACGAUCAGCUCGUUGGUGAAGUCAUUCGUAUCAAUGGCGACCAAGCGACCAUCCAGGUGUACGAGGAAACAGCCGGUGUCAUGGUUGGCGACCCCGUGCUUCGAACCGGCAAGCCCCUCUCCGUCGAACUCGGCCCCGGUCUCUUGAACAAUAUCUACGAUGGUAUCCAGCGCCCACUUGAAAAGAUCUCGCAGGUCUCCCAGAGCAUUUAUAUCCCCAGAGGCAUUGCCGCUCCUGCCCUCGACCGCGAGAAGAAGUGGGAGUUUACCCCAACCAAGAAGGUCGGCGACCACAUCGCCGGUGGUGACGUAUGGGGUACCGUUUACGAAAACUCGUUCAUUACCGUCCACAAGAUUCUCUUGCCUCCCAGGGCUCGCGGUACCAUCACGAGGAUCGCCGAGAAGGGCAGCUACACAGUCGAGGAGAAGAUCCUCGAGGUCGAGUUCGACGGCAAGAAGACUGAGUACCCCAUGAUGCAGACCUGGCCAGUACGUGUGCCGCGCCCAACCACGGAGAAGCACUCUGCCAAUCAGCCCUUCUUGGUCGGUCAGCGUGUGCUCGACGCUCUCUUCCCUUCGGUCCAGGGUGGUACCGUCGCCAUUCCCGGUGCUUUCGGCUGUGGCAAGACUGUCAUUUCCCAGUCCGUCUCCAAGUUCUCCAACAGCGAUGUCAUUGUGUACGUCGGCUGUGGUGAGCGUGGUAACGAGAUGGCCGAAGUCUUGAAGGAUUUCCCAUCGCUCAAGAUUGAGGUCGAUGGCCGCAUGGAGCCUAUCAUGAAGCGCACAACUCUUAUUGCCAACACGUCCAACAUGCCCGUCGCUGCCCGUGAAGCGUCCAUCUACACCGGCAUCACAGUGGCCGAGUACUUCAGAGAUCAGGGCAUGGACGUCGCCAUGAUGGCUGACUCGUCUUCCCGCUGGGCUGAGGCUCUGAGAGAAAUUUCCGGCCGUCUCGGUGAAAUGCCCGCUGAUCAAGGUUUCCCCGCCUACCUCUCUGCCAAGUUGGCCUCGUUCUAUGAACGUGCCGGAAAGGUCCAGGCGCUGGGCAGCCCCGACCGCGAUGGCAGUGUCAGCAUUGUUGGUGCCGUGUCACCACCCGGUGGUGAUUUCUCCGAUCCUGUUACAUCUGCCACGCUCGGUAUCGUGCAGGUCUUCUGGGGUUUGGACAAGAAGCUUGCGCAGCGCAAGCAUUUCCCUUCGAUCAACACCUCGCUCAGUUACAGCAAGUACACCAUGACGCUCGACAAGUGGUACGAGAAGGAGUACCCCGACUUCCCUCGCCUGCGCGACCGUAUCAAGCAGCUUCUUUCCGACAGUGAAGAGCUCGACCAGGUCGUCCAGCUGGUCGGCAAGUCUGCGCUGUCUGACCCUGACAAGAUCACCUUGGAUAUGGCUACCCUCAUCAAGGAGGAUUUCCUCCAGCAGAACGGUUACUCCAAGUAUGACCAGUUCUGCCCCAUCUGGAAGACGGAGUGGAUGAUGAAGCUCAUGAUGGGAUUCCACGAUGAGGCGCAAAAGGCGAUCGCCUCUGGCCAGAGCUGGGCCAAGGUGCGCGAUGCCACCCAGGACCUCCAGGGCGAGCUGCGCAGACUCAAGUUUGAGAUUCCAGAUGAGGGACAGGAGAAGAUUUGCAAGAAGUACGAGGCGAUACAACAAGCCAUGCUUGACAAGUUUGCUUCCGUGAUUGACGAGUAA